AUGUGGGCCACAAGGCUGCCACCUGUGCGGUGGACACUCUCACGAGCCUUGUCAACAGGCAGAAGUAACAUCGGUCUUUGCGGUCCUAGAAAUACUUUACGGAGAAAAGAAAUACUAAGGAGAAGGGUUCAGCCAUCCGCAUCGUCACCGUCGCAGUCUUCAGAAACACCAGUGGCACCAAGUUAUGAUCCUACCACGCCCAGCUACGACCCUGCCGCCAACACGCUCCUCUCUCCCGUCCAUAUUCCCGAGGACCCCAAUGGUGUGCUCAAAGAGAACCACCCGGCGACAGGGAUACUGGCGAAUUCGGGUUUGGUUGUACAAAGGCAGUUGGAGCUGAUGAAUGUGAUGAUAGGCUUCGAACAAGCCAACAAAUACGUGAUCAUGGACGCCCAUGGGAAUCAUAUAGGGUAUAUGGCAGAGCAAGAAAAGGGGAUGGGCAAUAUGAUGGCGCGACAGUGGUUUCGGACCCAUCGAAGCUUCGUGACACAUGUCUUCGAUCGACAUGAGAAUGAAGUCCUCCGGUUCCACCGUCCUUUUUCGUGGAUCAAUUCGCGAAUUCGGGUCUACGACCCGCUUGAUAUCGCCAGUACGACCUACUCGUCAUCUACUGCUCUACAGAGCGUGUCGCCUGGCUCCCUGGUACAGGCUACCGGAGGCUCGAACGCCAGAGUAUCGCCACUCGGGUUUGACGAAAUGCGCGUCAUCGGGGAAGCACAGCAAGUCUGGGCUCCUCUGAGGCGAAAAUACGAUCUCUUUCUCUACCACCAUCUCCCCAACACGGCAGCAGAGGUGAAGACAGAGCGUCUCUCAUUAUCAGGGACAGACUUGUCAAUAGCUCAAAGAGCACAACUGGCAACAACCUCGCACCAGGGCCCCGGAAUUGGUGAAUAUACCCAGUUUGCAUAUGUAAAUGAGCCGUUCCUGUCUUGGGAUUUCUCCCUCCGGUCUGCUGAUGACCGCCUCAUCGGUUCUGUCAACCGUAAUUUUGUCGGUUUCGCUCGGGAACUGUUCACCGACACAGGCGUUUACGCACUACGCAUGGACUCCGCUACCCUUGCCCCGGACGAGUCGACCAACACCCAGAACCAGCAUAGUCCUGGAAUGACCUUGGACCAGCGCGCUGUGAUGCUGGCAACAGCCGUGAGCGUUGAUUUCGACUACUUCAGUCGACAUAGUGGAGCGGGUGGCUUCGGAUUUAUGCCCAUCUGGUUCCCUGGCAUUGGCGGCGAGGCAGCAGCUGGCGGUGCCGCCGCGGGUGGUGCCGCCGCAGGUGAAGCCGGUGUAGUGGGAGCAGGCGAAGCUGCUGCAGGCGCACUUGGUAGAGCUGGUGCUACAGCUGGGAUUGCUGAAGGCGCGGCAGCUGGGGUUGCAGGAGCAGGAGCUAUGGCAGGAUACGAUGCGAUGCAAAGGGGCAUGUACGGCGAGCAUGGAGAACAGCCUCUGCCCACACCUGGAGAGCAGCAACAGCUGGGAGACCAAGGGCUGCCAACUCCGGGUGAAACUGAUUUCUAUGCAGAUAAUCCCUGGGCACAGCCUCGUGAUGACCCCUGGAGCACAGGCGGCCUGGAUCAAGCAGAAGGAGAUGCUGACGGAGAGGGUGAGGGCGAUGACUGGUUUGAUUUUUGA